CUGUUACUUGUUAUUUGUUACCUGUUACUCGCUGCUGGCUACGUACUAUUUGUCACGAGCGGUUAGCCACGUGCUACAUACUACCGUACUGAGGCGAUGAGCAAUCGGCGUGAUGACGACGGGAAGGAUUACGAGAGACAAGGCUACCCAAGACGCAGCAAUGACCGACGUAAUUUUGACCGAAGUGAGACAAGGCGCGAUGACUAUGGAGGUGCUGAUGACCGAGGGCGGGAUCGGCAUUUUCGAAGAUCUCCACCUAGGUGCUUCGCGUGCCAUGAGCGUGGACACUAUGCAAACCAGUGCAAGAGACGUUGGCUUGCAGCUGACUAUAGACCGUCCACGUCGCCAGAUCCAAGAAGGGGACGCUCGGUGUCCCCUGUACCUGACCACGCUCAACAACGGCCGUCACCAUCUAUCGAUCCAGCGGUGCAGAAUCAGAUCCAAGAGUUGAGCAAAAGCUUGGCGACAAUUACAACCUUCGUUGAAACCGAGAUGGCGAAGAAGGCUGAAGAAGAACGACUGAGGUUGGAGGCUGAAGAAACACGUAAGAAGGAAGCUGCAGAUCGUGCCGCGCGUGAAAAGAAGGCGCGUAAGAAGAUGGAAAAGGCACGUAAGGAGGAGGAACGGUUGGCUGAAAUGGACAAGAAGAUGCAAAUGCAUUUGGCUUUGCGGACCAGAACUUUCUUGGACAGAAUCGAAACAAACCUCGGCCCGGCGAUGAAGUUAGCUGAACAGCUUAAAGGGAAGAAGAAAGUUGUGUAUGCUUCAGAUCAAGGUACGAGCUCAGGACCGGAGAGCAGCGGGAGUGAGACGAAGUUGAUACGCAGCAAGAUGAAGAAGCUCUCCAUUACCGAGAAACGAAAGCGUGGGCCUGAACCUCAGUUCGAGGAUAGCCCCUCGAUGUUGACGCCAGCUAAGCGUACUCCGAAGGGGCCAAAGGCAAAAGCGACGAAGAUGAAGAUGAAGAUGAAGGUCGUCGGUAAGCUAGCUGCUUUCGUUUGCCUGCUUUCACUGAGUUUGCUGGCGGGUUCGGACGCCAUGUCCGAAGCUUCGUGGGUAUCGGAAAUCGGGAAAAGGGACGAAGAGGGAGCCGAAGUCGAUGGCGAUGGCGGCGGCGGCGGCGUUUGUGCGUUUGGCAACCUCGAUUUUCGCGGAAUUGAAGAUAGCUGUGGGGGUGCGCUAGCGUCGUCGUCGCCGAUCAUGGGCAGAGGCGGCGGCGGCGGCGGCGCCGCCGCUAUGGUGGUGUCGGCGCGCUGCUGUAUGCAUCUGGAAGCGUCUAUGACUGCUGUUCUCGUAAGGAACAGGUUCAAUCCCAAAUGCGUUGCACUGUUCUCGCACGAGCUGCGAAAACGUGGAUACGCGGAGCUGCUGGGACACUUCGACAGAAUAUGCGGAGAAGGAAGCCAUCGCGUGCUGGAGGGACCUGCUGGGGGAGCGAAUGGCAUUCCCGAGCCCCCUGCUGCGCAAUCAGCCGUGCCCAGCAGGUCGCCUUCCUCGUCCUAUCAGAGUACGGUCCUCCCUUUUCCGGAACCCUCGUCGAGAUCCAGGCUUACGCCCACAAUUAUCUCGUCUGCAUCUGAGCCGAUCUUGUCUGUAUCCCAACCUAGUAUCUUGUCUGCAUCCAAGCCGAUCUUGUCCGCUUCCGCGAGUGCGCCAAUCUUGUCGUCAUACAGGCCUCCGGUUAGUAGGGCUGUAUCGUCUAACAGCGAAACCGGUGGCCAUGGGCCUAUUAAAGCGCCACCUAGCAGUUCUGGGUCUAUGAAGCUGACCCCAUUCGUCUUGCGAAUGGUGUUCGCGGUAAUUGGAGUAGCCGCGCUCUUAUCCUUAGGGAAGUGACGGGUUGGGGAAGCAAAGCAGUAGGGAAAAG